UGUCGCGUCACUGCGAUGGAGGCGUGCAUGGUUACCGGUUUCCGCCGGUAUGGCAGGAUUACCGCGUCAGUAUGGAAGGCAGUCGCUGGAGUAUAUAAAGCCGAAACACCUCUGUAUUCCCAGGGUAUCACCAGGACUUGUCUAUAGUAUCACUGGAGAAUGGCAGCAUCUGAUAGAAUAAUGCUGGGGCCGUUGGUGGGAGCCAUUGACCAGGGGACAAGCUCUACUAGAUUUUUGGUUUUUAAUGCAAAAACAGCAGAAUUAUUGAGUCACCAUCAAGUGGAGAUCAAACAGAAAUUUCCCAAAGAAGGAUGGGUGGAGCAGGACCCCAUGCAGAUCUUGCAAUCUGUGUAUGAGUGUAUGGAAAGGACGUGUGAGAAACUCGCCCAGCUUGGCAUUGACAUAUCCAACAUCAAAGCAAUUGGAGUCAGCAAUCAAAGAGAAACAACAGUUGUGUGGGACAAGAUAACCGGAGAACCUCUCUAUAAUGCUAUUGUUUGGCUGGACCUGAGAACUCAAUCCACAGUAGAGCGGCUAAUAAACAGAACACCGGGGAAAAACAAGAACCACCUGAAACACAAGACCGGCCUCCCCAUCAGUACCUACUUCAGUGCUGUGAAGCUUCGAUGGCUCAUGGACAAUGUGGAUGAAGUCAGGAGUGCAGUUCACAGCGGUCGUGCUAUGUUUGGUACUAUUGACUCCUGGCUUAUUUGGAGCUUAACGGGUGCCAAGAAUGGUGGCGUUCACUGCACAGACGUGACCAAUGCAAGCAGGACGAUGCUGUUCAAUGUUCACACGUUAGACUGGGAUCCUGAACUUUGCCAAUUUUUUGACAUUCCAAUGGAAAUUCUUCCAAAAGUGAGAAGUUCCUCUGAAAUAUAUGGCCUAAUUAAAAUAUGUUCUAGUAUGAAAUCUGGUUCUCUCACUGGCGUUCCUAUUUCUGGGUGUUUGGGUGACCAGUCUGCAGCUUUAGUUGGGCAGAUGUGCUUUAAAGAUGGACAAGCAAAAAAUACGUAUGGAACUGGUUGCUUUUUGCUUUAUAAUACUGGCCAGAAGCCUGUGAUGUCUGAGCAUGGACUUCUGACAACUGUUGCAUACAAGCUUGGGAGAGACAAGUCUGCCUGUUAUGCAUUAGAGGGAUCUGUGGCUAUAGCAGGAGCUGUUGUAUGCUGGCUGAAAGACAAUCUAGGAAUAAUUCAGUCUCCAGAAGAAGUUGAGAAACUAGCAGCUUCGGUGGGCACUUCCUAUGGCUGCUAUUUUGUCCCUGCAUUCUCUGGUCUAUAUGCACCAUAUUGGGAACCCAGUGCUAGAGGCAUCAUCUGUGGCCUUACUCAGUUUACUAAUAGAAGUCACAUUGCAUUUGCUGCUUUAGAGGCAGUCUGCUUUCAGACGCGAGAGAUUUUGGAUGCUAUGAACAAGGACAGUGGGAUUCCUCUAAAGCAGCUGCAGGUAGACGGAGGAAUGACAAACAAUAAGCUGCUGAUGCAGCUGCAGGCAGAUAUCCUCUGCAUCCCAGUUGUGAAGCCAUCCAUGCCAGAGACCACAGCCCUCGGUGCAGCUAUGGCAGCAGGAGCUGCUGAAGGGGUCCGGGUGUGGAGUCUGGAGCCUGAAGACCUCACCGCAGUGACCUGCGAGAGAUUUGAGCCACAGAUUAACCCAGAAGAGAGUGAAUUUCGAUACGCCCGGUGGAAGAAAGCUGUAGCAAAGUCUAUGAACUGGGAGACCACAGAGCCUUUAAAUGGCAAUGGUGAAACUAGUAUCUUCAGUAGUCUGCCACUGGGUUUUUAUAUACUGGCUAGCAUGUUUAUGUUAAUUGGAGCAAAGUACAUUUCAGGGUUAAAAUAAGCCAUGGUUUGCUUGUUUGAAACCUGCUUUCCAUACAUCAAGGAUACAGGAUUGCCUCUGCAUGUGAGCCUGGGCAGAAAAACAAAACCCAUUCCUAGUUUACAGACCAUCUCCAGCUCUCCUUAACACUUCCCUGCUGCCUUGUUGAAGUGUGUUUGGACUUUGCACCUAAUUAUUGUGUCUUACUUUAUAUUGAUAUUUAAAAUAAAUAAAUUGUUUGAAAUGAUUUUGUGCUGGUGAUGGCAAAAUACUUUGUUUUCCCAUUUCAGAAAUAUUUCUGUUAGUAUUGGAGGCAACUUUUACUGUAGAUAUGGAAGCAUAAAAUGAAAGCUUUCCAGGAUCCGGAUUUGAAUCUAAACUGGAGCUUGGAACAUUGUGAAUGUUGUGUAUUGCAUUAGUGUCACACUGCUCUGCAUGUCAAAACUUACAUACUGCACUUGUAAAUAUGCUUUUAAUGUGUAUAUAUUGAAAUUAUUUUGUUUUUAAAUGUGUGGAAUGAAUUUUGAACUAGACCAAGGACUAGUACUAAACAUGAUGUAAGCUGCAUAUUGGUAGUGCUAAUGUAUUAUCAAAUCCAUAAAAAAAAAAAAAAAAGCCUUGACAGUUUAGGUGUAUUAUGAUCUUUACUAUGCAUCCAUGUAAUGAAAUAAUGUGAAAGUUAUCUUGAAAACAUGCUAUCUAAAAAAACAAUAAGAGCAUUAUACAGUUUGCAAGAAAUCUGCUGUAAGUUACACUCUACUGUUGUUUUUUGGUUAGUAAAACUAGUGUUUCACAGUGCAUUUAAUUUAUAUUGCAUAUUUACAUUAAAUAAAUAUUGGUUUUUAAAUA